CAGUGCUCAGGUCACACACAACCGUCUGCCUGGCGACAGGGCCGUGGGCUGGGGGGGCCCAACUGUAAGAGACUGGACGCCUUAGAAGCCGCCCUGGGAGGGACGCGGUGAAGUCAGAAAUCCCGUGACCGCGCCGUGCUUUCGUCGGGGGUGUAUGUGGCGGGUGCUUCGUCCUGGCAAAAGUGGAGUGUUCACCUGCCCCUUACCUGUGUCAGGUGUGCACCUGGCCAGGCGGUCCCCGCCCCGGGAGGCGGGGCCGAGCCAAGGGCGCUCUUCCUCUUCCUGGGGAGGUGUCGGCCGCUCGAGGGGCGCCGGAGGACCAGGCUCUGGGGUCACAAUGAAUAAUCCCAUACCUUCCAAUCUGAAAUCGGAAGCAAAAAAGGCGGCUAAAAUUCUAAGAGAAUUCACAGAAAUAACUUCCAGAAAUGGACCUGAUAAGAUCAUUCCUGCCCACGUAAUUGCUAAAGCCAAGGGCCUUGCGAUAUUGUCUGUGAUAAAGGCUGGAUUUCUAGUAACUGCUAGAGGAGGCAGCGGGGUCGUGCUGGCGCGUCUUCCCGAUGGAAAGUGGUCUGCACCGUCAGCCAUCGGCAUAGCUGGGCUUGGUGGAGGGUUUGAAAUAGGAAUUGAGGUAUCAGAUUUGGUAAUAAUUUUGAAUUAUGACAGAGCAGUAGAAGCUUUUGCAAAAGGUGGUAACCUGACACUUGGAGGGAAUUUUACUGUGGCAGUUGGGCCCCUGGGAAGGAAUUUGGAAGGAAAUGUUGCCCUACGGAGCUCCGCUGCCGUCUUCACGUACUGCAAAUCUAGAGGACUCUUUGCUGGCGUAUCUCUAGAAGGCAGUUGUUUGAUUGAAAGGAAAGAAACUAAUCGAAAGUUUUAUUGUCAAGACAUCCGAGCUUAUGACAUUUUAUUUGGAGACAUGCCGCGGCCUGCUCAAGCGGAAGAUCUCUAUGAGAUUCUCGAUUCCUUUACUGAAAAGUAUGAAAAUGAAGGACAGCGAAUCAACGCAAGAAAAGCAGCAAAGCAACAGAGGAAGCCUGCUGCUAAAGAAUUACCUCCGAAACCAUUGUCAAGACCACAGCAGUCAUCUGCACAAGUCCCGCUGAACUCUGGCUCCCAAAGUAAUGGAAACAAAUAUAAGCUGUACCCUGAACUUUCCAGCUAUCAGGAGAGAGUUGGCAAUUUGAAUCAACCCAUAGAAGUGACAGCACUAUAUUCUUUUGAAGGACAACAGCCAGGGGAUUUGAAUUUUCAAGCUGGAGACAGAAUCACGGUUAUAUCAAAAACAGAUUCUCAUUUUGAUUGGUGGGAAGGGAAGCUCCGAGGUCAAACUGGCAUUUUUCCAGCCAACUAUGUUACCAUGAAUUAAAGUUUAUAUUGUUUUCUUCUUUGAGAAUUACAAAACAUUUAUUUCCACACUGAUAGGAUUUACUAUCCAGUUAAGCAAUGUUUAAUAUAUACUUUAAAAAUACUUCUCUUUAUUCCAUAAACUUUUAUCCAGUAUAUAAAAAAUUUUUUCUAUCAAUAAGUGGUUAACUUACGUAUCUUUAAAUACUUUGUACUAAUUUUAUAAUACACUAUUUAAUAGUUAAUAUCAUCCAUUCAUCAAGGUCACAGCCCUUUUGUGUUAAUUAUCAAACAUCAAUAAACAUAUGAGCGGCUAUGUAUACGGUAAUUGCCAUUAUAAUUUGAGAAUCUUAAAGGUCGGAGCAUGAAUACCAGUUCAUGUUAUUUCUAUUUGCAAAGUGACCAGAGAAGAAGAAAUUAGCUUAACGAGGGUAUUAAGUAAUCCUUCUAGUUGUAGAUAUGAACUAGAUAUAUGAAUCCUGAAAAAUGAUCUUUAUCUCUUCAAAAAUUGCAUAUAUGUGUAUUGAAAGCAGAAACCUCCUAUUGCAAAGAAGUUCAGCCAUUCUGCAUUCCACAAAGAUGACAUUAACUUUUCUUCUGUGCGAGGUUAUGUUUGUGCAUUUCUGGAAGAAGAAUCAACUUAUGGUGACAUGGCCCAGUUGUUCCUAAAUAAAUGUUUUUUAAAUGAUAA